ACAGCGGGAGCAGACGGCACCCACCGAGACGAGAAAGGCACUGCCGGAGCCGCAGGAGCUGGGCCAUGGAGCAGUACUUCUCAGCCACCCAGAAGAUGGAGCAGGAGGUCAUGUUUCCCAGCCUCCUCCGAGGGGUCUUCCCGGAGCCCCACGACGCUGCCCCCGCUGCCGACGACCAGAAGGACCUGUACGAGCGCUACCAGCUCCUCAAGUCCAUCAAGCCCGUGGUGGAGAGAGGCCUGGGGGCCGCCACCGAGCAGAGCCUGCCCAGCGCCAGCACGCACGAAGCCCCGGACGACGCAGCGGACGCCGAUCUGGAAGAGCGCCUCUCCCACCACCUCCACGGCUUGCAGCAGGUGCUCACCCACCUCACCAGAGACGCCAACGCCCUCACCCGGCGGUACAGCCAAAUCCUCGAGCAGAUCAACCUCAGCGAUGGGCAGCCCAGCUGGUGAACCUGACCCCGGCCUCCAAGGCCAACUCGUCCUCCAGGCACCCAGGCAGCUCACCCCCGACUGCUGGUGCUGCACAACAGCGAGGGUUUUGACCCUGGGAGAACCACGUCGCCUGUUGUCCCCGUAUGAAGAAACAUCUUCUGCCUUUGUGGGGGUCCACCAGAAGAGCUCCAGGGCUCGAGACAUUCCUCUUUAUUCUCAAAGAGCAGCAUGCAGUGACUGCAUUGCGCUAUUGCACUGAGAACUCCCACAGUCCCUUGUAAAUGCUGAACCCCUUCUCCAGCUGGUACCUGGACUUUGAGGGGAGUUUCCCCCACUCCUUGCUAAUAAAACUAUUGCCUUGAAAGUG